UCGUCUGUGUCUGAAGUGAUGACGGCGGCGGAGGAUCUGAAAUCUCAGGAAACCUUUGACAGCGAAACUGACAGUGGACAGGGCAGCUGUGAAAUAAACUCUUCAGUACAGAUGAGCGAGAAAACUGAUGAUGAUGGAGAGUCAGAUGAAGAAAUUUGUGUGCGUAGGAGAAUCCAAAGUAAGAAGGUGCUUCCCGACAGUGAGAGCGAAGGAGAAGAUACUUUGCACCCAGCAUCGGAGGCUGCAGCUGGGAAUGUGGAAUGUGCAGAGGAAAACAGUACAUUUGCUUCUAAGGAGAAGAAAUCGCACUGCCUCUACAAGGCUCCACUAGACAGUGAUGAAAGUGACACGGAUGACCUGCUGCACAAUGAGAGCCUUGCAACAAAUCCACAGCCUGGUUCACCUGGGCUUGCAUUAGCGACAUCAGCAAUGCCAAGGGGAAAGCAUAAGAGCGGCAAAGUUGGCUGUGCAGAGCAAAUGGAUGGAGAAGAAAGGGGCAGUCGAAGGAAGAGAAGAACGGAGAAAGAGAAGAAAAUGAAGGCCAUUAGACAGAUGGAGAAGACGGAAAGGAAAUGGGAACAGAAGGAGGAGGAGAAGGAGCUUCAUCUUGAGGACAGUGGGUGUCUCCUGGCUGAUAGAGACCUCUUUGAGAAUGGUUUGGAGGAGGAUGAGGAGUCACUAGACUCAAUAAAAGCAGCAGCGAAAGAGAAAAUGAAAAAACAGAAACUGUUUUCAGGGAGUCAAGAUUACAAGGAUAUGCUGGAUGAAUAUGAGGGACCAUCGUUAAAGGAGUCUAAGAAGGAGAGGAAGGCAGCCAAAUUAAGUAAAGAAGCCAUCAAACAGCUGCAUAGUGAGACUCAGCGGCUUAUUAGAGAAGCCAGCAUAUCUCUCCCAUAUCACCUACCAGAAGCCAAAAGUGUCCGUGAUUUCUUCAAGUGCAAACCUCGGCCUGCCUUCCAAGGAAGUGCUAUGACUUUGAUCAAAUCAGCAAAAUACCAGCCCAGACUAGAUGAAGAAAGGGCCAUUCCCAAGAUCCCAGGUUUUAAGAGGAACAGCAAAGUGUGCUAUAGCUUCCUGGUGCAUGGCAUUAACUUGCCAAUGGACUUUAAACUGUUAAAGAGUUAUGAAUACAUUUAUUCUCUCGGGGGAAGGGACUGUGUCUCAGUGGUAGGGCGCCUGGUGACAAAUAAAGUGGAGGGGAAAACAAUUGAACCAGGAGGGGAGCAGUCGCCUGAAUUGUACGCAGGGCUCAAAGAACCUAUACAGCUCCCAGCAGCAGCCUUGGCAGCUCCGGGUGAAAAAUCAAAGAAGUCCAAGCUAGAUCGCCUUCGGGAGAUGGGGGUGGAUCUGACAAUCAAGCCUCGAAUCUCUUCUGGGGAUGAUUCAUUUAUUAAUCUUGAUGAACCUGAAUCAAACAGAGAAUUUGAAGCUUUGAAGGAGCGUUUUGUGCAGCAUGCGCUUCAAACAACCAAACCAAAAACUGAACGGGUGGUGAACCUGAAUGUAAUUCGCAAAGAAAUGACAGAUGAGGGCAAAGAGGAGCUGAAAGCAGGGGUGGUACCCGUGACUCUCGCUGCAGAGAGUGUAGAAGAGACAGUCCACGGAAAGCCAGGUGAAAAGUUGCAAGUGCUGAAGGCUAAACUCCAGGUGGCCAUGAAGCUCCGUAGGACAGAGGAACGCCUCAAGCGACAAGCGCUGUUUAAACUAGAUAAUGAGGAUAUGAUGGAAGAAGAAGAGGAAGACGAGGAAGAAAUGACAGACGAGUCAGAGGAAGAAGAGGAAGAAAGCAAUCAGGAGACUGCAGAGUAUUUUCUUGAAGAGGCAGAAGAGGACAACGAGGAGCCUGAAGAACAGGGCCUAGACGAUGGCAACAAGGAGACAGAUAAAGAAUUGGUGGAUGAAGAGCAAACAGCCAAGCCGGGGCUCUGCAGGGCUGUUCCUAAACUUUCCUCCACUGAGUCGACGCUGCUGCUUUUCAAGGAUAACUCUUCAAAAAUGGGGUAUUCUCUUCCAAGUGAGAAAGCUGAGGUAGACGAUGUCAUGGGUAAAAGGCCUGACAAGCCAGAAGACGAAGAUUCAUUCUUGCUGCCGACCUUGGCCAAAGAGAACAGCCACAACAGCAGCUUUGAGCUAAUCAGCUCCAUGAUCCCCUCCUACCAGCCCUGUAACAAGCAGGCAGCUCGUGGAGGCAGCUUCCUUUCGGCUCUUGGUGUUGUCCGUUCUCCUUCUCCCGGCUUUUUCAAAACCGGCUUUAUCAGCUCUGCAUCCAAGAGUUCGGGGAAGGCGUCUGAGCCUUCUCUUCCCAUAGAGGACUCCCAAGACCUCUACAAUGCGACUCCUGAAGAGAAAAGCCCCAAUCCGGCUGCUGCCAGGUUUCAGUUCCAAUUCUCCCUGGAAGACGACACCCAGAGUCAACUGCUUGAUGCAGAUGGUUUCUUGAACGUUGGUCAUCACCGGAAUAAAUACCAGUCUUCCAAGACUCACCUUCCUUUGGCUAGCAUGGAUGAGAAUGCAAUGGAUGCUAACAUGGAUGAACUCUUAAGUCUCUGCUCUGGCCAGUUCGCCUCCCAGAACAAGCCCUCUGCCAAUGGCGAUAGCAACAACAAGCAGAACAUCGAGGAACUGCUCAAUCUUUGCUCUGGGAAGUUUGCGUCUCAGGAUGCUCCCACUCAGACCUCAUCAACAUCUUCCCAGCUGAAGAAAGAGAGCCGCUCAGAUCCCAUGGCUGAAGCGCUGGCUCUCUGUUCUGGCUCCUUCCCAACAGACAGGGAAGGGGAAGAUGAAGAGGAGGAAGAGUUUGGAGACUUCCAGCUUUUAACAGAUGACCAUGCCUCUGAUAACAGUGAACAGGAGGAAGAGGAGAGUGAAACUGAAGUGGAAGUCGAUGAUGAUGAUGAUGAAGAGGAGGUGUUGCGACAAAGAGAAGGAGUGACGAAGAAAUUUAAAUUGCAGGACUUCAUGGAGGACGAGGCUGAGCUGUCAGGAAGCGAAGUAGGAAGUGAGGACGAAUACGAUGGCGAGGAUCUCAACGAGUAUGAAGAAGAAGUCAUUGACGAGGAGCUCCCCACCCCUGUGGAACUCCAGGACCAAGUCAACAAAAUACAUAUGAAGGUGAUGCUGGACGAAGACAAGCGGCAGCUCCGCUUGUAUCAGGAGAGGUACCUUGCGGAUGGAGACCUACACAGCGAUGGCCCUGGGCGAGCAAGGAGGUUCCGGUGGAAGAACAUAGAUGAUGCUUCUCUGGCGGACAUGUUUCACCAAGAUGCUGACGAUGGAGAGGAGAACGAAGAGCAUCUCGACGAAACAGAGGCUAAGUGGAGGAAGGAUCGCUUCGAGAGGGACCAGUGGCUCCGCGAACAGUCAGAGAGAGGAGAAAAGGAAGAGGAGGAUGUUGAUGAAGACAGCCAGUUCAUGAAACUGGCUAAGAAACUGACUGAAAAAUCCCUGCAAAAGAAAGCACCCUCAGUAAUAGCAGUACAGGAAACAAAAUCGAUACCCAGGAAUCCAUUUGAAACUUUACAGUCUUCCAGCAACCCACAGCUAAAGAAUGGAUCGCUGCUGAAUAGGCCUAAAGCCGUCCUUCAGAAACUGUCAGCGAUGUCGGACCUCAACCCAAAUGCCCCCCGGAACUCACGCAAUUUCAUCUUCCAGACACUUUCCCCUGAGAAGAGCAAGGAGGCAAGGGAGACGUCCAAGCCCCAGGGGAAGAAACGAGCUCCCGUUCCCACUACAGCCCCCUCUCCCAAGCGGCUUCGGCUCGAUGGUGCUUCUGUUCAAGGAACCCGGAGUAUAUUCCAGUUCUUGGAGCGGUAGGGGUAGAGAGGAAUCGGGCCAGUUGGUGUUUCAUCUUGCCGUGUUCCGUGCUAUACAGGCCUCUGCUGUCCAAUGGCAAAGAACUGACAGCUCCCUGC